CGGAUGUUUAAAAUUGUUGGCGCUAAUGUUUCUUUUGCUUUUGCUAUUUUAAACUCCUGACCAAAUCCGCCAAACUAGUUAGCCUACCUUAGAUGAACGGUUAUCGCCAAUAUUCACCAAACUACUGAUGGCACCUCGCGGUAUAUAUGUAAGACCUCAAGCAACGGAUGCUGUUUCCAUGGUGAUCGGAUUGAGCGUUUAACGACAACCUGUUAGCUAGCUGAUUUCGCUAGCUCACUUUGUUACUCAUUCACAGUUUGUUUAUGUGUGAGCAGACAUGUCAGCGGAGUUUCAGCCCUCUGUGCUCCAGAGUUUUAGGCUUUUUAAAGAUAACGGUGCCAACGUUUUACAGCCUGAAUCUCCGCCAAGCACCUCAAAGCUGUCUGGAGCAACGGCAGGAAUCACCGGUAAGAAGAUAGACUACUGUUAGCCAAAGAGGAGAUAGUUUCUUUUCAGACAGCUUCUACUGCAAAGCGAAUACUCAUUCAUUUUUGCUUCAUUUACUUUCUAUUUGUUCAACUUUCCUUACAGAGGCCAACGAUGCCUGCCCACAGCUGAAAUUUAGCAGCUUGACACUGGAUGAACUGAGGUAUCAACCUGUCUAUCUCAUUGUAUUAAAGCUGCAUUAGGUGUUGCUGAUCUUAAGUGCAUUUAUAUAGAAAGGUACGGUGGCCGAGAAGCGCCACUGCUGUAAAUAAACAAGAAUGCUUAAAAACAACAACAACAGAAGUACCCAGUGCAAAAAAAAGAAAGAAAGAAACUGAAGCCCGCAGCAAAUUAUAAAAGAAACGGUGCAGAUAAAAAAAAGCCACAACGUAAGAUAACAAUGCAAAAGUGACGAUGCAAAAAGAAAAAGUUACUUACUGUAAAAAUAAAAGGGUGCAAAUAAAAAAAGCCUCAAUGGAAUUGAGCUGUUGGGGACCAGUAAUGAUGAUGCACGGGUGUUUUACGAUUUAGGCACAGAAGACGACAGCGAGAAGAUGAGCAAAGAAGUAAGUGUAAUGGUUACUGUUUAAUUUCGCUAUGUGUACUUUUCAAUGUGUCAUUUUCUUAGGCCAUGUAGUGCCUGAGUCAAUAUGUAGUUGAACUGGAGGAUGCCCGUGUAGUGUUAGUUUCAGUUCAAAUUUAUAUCGACUCAGGCGCAACAUGGCCUAACCAAAUGACACACUGAAAAGCACACGAAGCGAAAUUAAACAAUAACCUUUACACUUACUGCUUUGCUCAUAUUUUCGCUGUUGUCUUCUGUGCCUAGAUCGUAAAACACUGCCGCAUCAUCAUUAUUAUCCCCGGCAGCUCACUUCCGUUGGGGCUGUUUUUCAUAUGCAUCCUUUUAUUUUCACAGUAAGUAACCUUUUUUUUCCAUUGCCAUUUUGUUUUGCGUCAUUAAUUUCUGUUGUCUUUUUUUUUUAUCAGCACCAUUUCUUUUUUUAUUUGUCUUCGGUUUCUUUUUUUCGCAUUGAUAACUUCCAUUGUGGCUUCUUUUUUUGCAUUCUUUUUUAUUUGCAGCAGUGGCAGUUCUCAACCACCGAAGGAAAGGUGUAUUUUCCCCCUUCAUGGAUGUUAAUGAAGUGGAUCUCUAAGACCGUGCUUCUUUUCUCUGUAUUUGAUAUUUAAAAGGAGACUGCUUUAUUGUGCUGCAGCAUCUCUAUGACUUACACUUGUUUCCUCCACAGCGCAGAGCUUGACAGGCGCACCAAGGAAACACAGAGGCUUCAGGAAGAGGUAGAAAAUGCUACCAAACUUACUUUGGAGAGGUUUGCCUGCACACAUGGCAGCCAGGGCUACCCUGGAAAAAGCUCCCACAAUCACAACUUUGAUGAUUGUAAGUACAAGCUGCAUUUAUCUGAAUUUCUUAAACUGUAAUGGCACUUUGUGAUACUACCCAAGCAUGUAAAACUGAAGUUUCAUGACUGUAAUUCAGGAGAUAUUGAAACUAAGUGCACAGAUGUAUAAGCAGGAGAGCAUAUAUCACAAGUCUUUCUUGAUAUUUAUUAUAAUCAUUCUCAGUGUGUUCAUUUCCUCUACUGACAGAUGACUCAUCUAAGGAUUCCCCCACUCCUUCACCUCACCCACCAAAGACUUCUCCCCUGGCCUGUGGCAUGUAUUGGGUAAGCCAGACUAGGGCUCAAAGUGGUACCAGUUCUUCAAGAGGGGAGGUAUUUGAAAAAGAAAUAGAUGAGUGUCUGCAACAGCUGUCUGACCUGCAGCUCAGCAAGGUUCUGCUCACACCUGAGACAUGAAUAUGUUUCAUUUGUGCAGUUUGAAUAGCUAAAUUGAUUUUCAUUUCACCCUCUCAAAAACAGAUUCCUGAUCAAUGUGAACACAAGACAUCCAGUUUGGACAAAGCCACUGUGAACCUGAAGACUGAACUGCAUAAAGUUCAGAUGGAAAAGGACAUCAUGUCUGACCUCAGGUGAACAAACUGAUGACAUCGACCACUAUUAAGAAAGUAUUCAAAAUCACUUUGACCCAUGGGUCUCAUUAUUUGUAGAUUAAAGGAUUCGAGGACACAUGUUGUUCAGAUGGAGAAGAUGCUGUGCAUGCUGGAGGAGCUCCAAAACAUCAAGAGGGCGGGGGACCAGAAGCUGCAGCAGACAGAUGAAGAGACGCUGUCGCUUAACAAGGAAGUAGAGACUCUGGAAAGAAAUGUAAAGGAGAUGCCGCACGCCACAUUAUCUCACAAUAAAGAUGGACAAGACAUCACCACAAGUUCUGAUAUGGUCGUUAUUUCAAGUCAGUUAAAUCAGGUUACUGAGUUAAUGGAGGAGUCAAACAAUGGGAAAAACAAGCUACAGGAGAAACCUUUUAUGGUAAACCAGUUACUGAUCAUUUUUACUACAUUAGAGGUACGCUCUUCCUCCCUUUAUGUCUAUUUUCUUCUGUUUUUUGGUAGUCACAAGAACAUCCAAUGAGUGAGGAACGCAGAGGAGCUAACGAGCCAAACGAAAGGUAAGUUGUUGAAGAGCUGCAACAAUUACAGAACAAGUCAGUCACUAAUUUGUAAGUUGGUUAACUGGUUCAGUUUAUUGUAAAGUCUCAGCUGAUUUUCUCUGCUGUUUAUCUUGUAUUAACUUAUCUUUUUUUACUGUUUACUGUUGAGAUGUCAUGUCAUUACAUCACGGUGUAUGUUUUGAUAUUCUUAGUUAGACUUAACCAUCUUUACCUUUGUUAAAAAAGUAACCAUCUUUCAUUAAUUGAAAUUAAAUAUACUUUAAGUCAACCAUUUAUAUAAAUGGCAACAUAGGAUAUUUUAUUUCACUUAUAAUUUAACCAGUUGUUGAGUUUAUAGUUUUCAAAAGAGGAUUUGAAGAUAUUAAGCUUUCAUGAGGUUUCACCUGCUAACCAACUGCCACAGAGUCAUAGGAGAUCAAGAAGAAGGUCCAAGGCAGUCUCAUUUGAAGAGUUAAAAUGCAUUUGUUUUCAUGGCACAGUCAUGUAGGUCAAACACUUUUAAACACUUUUCCUGCCAUACUCAACCCUUUAUCCCUAAAACAUUUGAAAUGAUUGAAGGAUAUGUCCAAAUAAUAGAGAUAUUUAACACUCCUCUCUUUUCUCUUUUAGGAUUGAAGACCUGAUCGCAUGUCUUGGCCAGGAGGUGGUGCUGUUGACUGAAAAACUGAGCUCGUCAAAAAACGACAGCAGCAGUCUUAGUACCAAACUGGAAACGUUAAAGUGAGUUUUCUACCAUGUACCAUAUAGAUCAGACAAUGUUCAAUUUUCUACAGUAAUGUAUGUCAAUGAAAUAUGUUUAUAACUUCUGUAUACAGGGAGCUUGCAGAGAGACAGACAUCACUGCACCUGUGUCAGGUUCUUGAACUUGAGUCAACCCUCCACAGCCAUAAAGAUAAGGUAAGGAAGAAUGGAGCAUAACAAUAUAGAAAAUACUACAAGCAGUGAUACACUGCAGCUAGUAAAAUUUAAUAUUUAGCCAUCAGGUAAAGUUGUUCUGUCUUUAUACUUUCCAUGCAAGAAUGAAAGCAGAUUUUAUUCUAAGGCUGUGUGAACUGUGAUUUAUGACAUUUGUAGGUGUGUUGUCUGGAGCAGCAGCUUAUUCAGGCUCAGUCCCAGCUGGUGGACAUCCAAAGAGAGAGAGAGAAAUCUUUACAACAUGUGGAGGAGCUUCAUUCCCAAAUCUGCCAACUUAAGGUGCUGCAGCAAACCAUGAUGUGAAACUAGUAUUUUUCUAUUUUUUGGCCAAAGUCCCUUGUCAGAUGUGUGGUAACGCUGCAAACACAGUUGAAGAGAAGUUAAGCUUAAUGAUCCAUUUCAAAGUUAUGCUUGAAGUGUGUGUAGCUGGGGGUAUGUAAUCUGCUGGUUAAACAGCUUAAGAGACUGGUGGGGGAGAGGAUUGCCAGGCAUAGGUAGAAGCUCCUACUCUCCCUGGUUUACUGUCUCUUUUCAUUUUAUCUGAAUCAGAGGGAAACAGUUUUGUGUCUAAGACUUUGGCCAUAUUAUUGCAUAACAAGUGCUGUCUCUUUAACUUAUUAUUUGCCCAUCAUGACCUAUGAUGUGUACAUAACAGUCUAACUCGCCUGUUUAGGGUGAGUGUUCAGGGGCAGGUCAUAAAUAUUGAUUGUCAUGUUUUGGUGUAAGAUCAAGUUUAAUGAGGCAGAAGUAUAAUGUGGGAUAGUAUCACUGUACACUCUGAAUACUGCGGCUGACCUUUGUGUUUCUAAACCAAUAGGUAUGCGGGUUGUUUUUAAUUUGGCCUGUGCUUUGUCUCGUAUCAGUGGAAGGCAGCUGAAUGAAUCAAGUCAAAAAUGUUUCUUAGCUGACCUUGUGAAUAUUUAAACAUAAUAAAGUUGUCAAAAUAAAAAAUGUGAUAUACUGGAAUGAUUAGAUGUUGGUGCUGAUGGUUAACGGGGAUCUGCACAUCUCCAACAGAUAGAUACAAGUCUCUUUUAAUCAAAAAGUAGCUCUUGCUAUGAAGUGGAUGAAGUCUUUGUUCUUAAGUCUGUGGUCCAUGUUCUCUUUGGUGGAAUUUUACCCCAUGGCUCAGAUUUUAUGUGAGUGUGUAGAACCAGGUGUACAUGUUCAGAAAGAUUCACCUAAACUCCGAGCAUGCCAGCCUUCCAAGAAUAAUAGAAGAUGAAAUAUGGAGCUAGUUUCUCACUCGUGAUGUAGGUUUUAUUUCUUCACACUGUCAAAAGUUUAUUAUCUGUAGGUCUGUGUGAAUAUAAUCAUCCCAUUGUGCUGCCUGCUUUAUCCUUUAGAGGUGCGGUGAGCAGCAGCAGUGUGAGCUCCAAGACGAGGUGAAGGUCUUGAGAGGACAGCUGGAGGAGGCCAGGGAGCAGCUCAGGCAAGGAAAGGAGGAAAAAACCUGCCUAGAGGCCUUACUGGAGCAGAGGGCUCGGGAGGGGAGGGAAGUCCAGGAACUCCUGGAGAAGAAAACCACUGACCUCCAUUCCAGGCAACAAGAAGCCGAGCAGGUAGUAAACCUCAGAUGAGAUCAUGUUUUAAAGAUAUUAAGAAUCACGCCAUUUAGAUUAUCUAUGAACCUGCACAGUGAUAAAAUCUCAGUUCUGGACAAAUGGACUGAAGUAUAAUGAUUUUCCAGUAUCUUGCCUGGCUAGAGGUGGCUCAGACACAGUGCCAGAUCCUGCAGGCAGAAGGACAGACUGUGAGGCUGCAGCUGGAUGAUCGAGAGAGGAUGCUAGAGGUUUUGAGGUCGAAAAUGGAAAGUAGCAUUCAGAUGUCAGAGCAGCACAGCCACGCCAUCAACAAUCUUCACCAGGAGAACAGCCUUCUCAGCAACCAGCUGAACCAGCACAAGCAGGAGAUUGAGCAGCUCAGGGUUAGAGAAACCCGCUUCAAUUACAUAUGAUAGAUCACAGACACACACUCAAAUACCUCACUUAGAUUAUUUCUAUCAGUCAGUCAUCGUCUUCCCUCCUUCCUGUUUAGGUUGAGUUAGAGAUGAACAAGUCUGACCUGGCUGCUGCUGAACAGGAGAGACGGCGACUACGGGUCUCAGUGGAAGAACAGAGUCAGCACCUUCAGGAGGAAACUCUGAAAAAACAGCAGCUCUCCUCUCAGCUGGCAGUCCUGCAGAUGCAGUUCCUCAAUCUGACUGGUGAGUUCAGCUUUAGUCCGGAUCCAGGAGACAUUUAAUCGAUCACUGGUACAAACUGCAUUUGUCAUUUAAUAAUGAAUGAUAGGGAUAUCACAGUACCAUCGAUACCAUGACAUAGGGAGAUCAAAAGUGUCUCAAUACAUUUGCAGAUCUGUCAUGGUGUGAAAUGAUAUGUUUUCAGGAUCAAGGUGGAGGGAAUUAGGUUCCUACAGAGACUAAUGCCCCAUGCAUUGCCCAUCAUUCUUUGCUCUGUUCCCUGCCUCAGAUAUCAAAAUGGCUCCAAUAACAUCACCCCUAUCGAGUCUCCGGGGUUCCAUGACAUUAUACCCCACACUGUCCCAUAUUUAAGUCCAAUCACUGGAGCACAUAAAAACAUCCAUUAAUGAACAACAUUUCUGAAUAAAACAUUUAUUACAAGCUUACAGGUAUCAUAACACACAAUGAAAAAUAUUUGUGAUUAGUUGCUUGUGAGGAGGGUUGAAGAAAAAAGGGUAGUUCAGCAUCCAAACAAGGUGUCCUGUGGUUAUGUUAUGAUGAAUUUUCAAGGUAAAUGAGGUGAAAUUUAAACAUCAUCAUGAUACACACAAGUGUCAUGUCUAGAAAAAUAAAAUUUAGGGUUAGGGUAGGGCUGGGCGAUAAAACGAUGUAUAUCAAAAAUUAAUUUCCCUCAAUAUCAAUAUAAAACAUGGUCAAUAUGCUUUUUGAUAGUCAGCAUUCUGCCUUGUUUUGGUCGACUAUACGAAUAGCCAAUGAAAAGGGGAGUUGCUCCGGGUUGCGCUGCACUGAACCAAUCGUGCUGAAUUAGAACCAAGUAGCAAACAACUGCGUAGUAACAGGCUGCAGCUACACGCAACCAUAGCACUUAAACACAUGAAGCUGACAGAUGAUGACAUUGUCGACAACGAAAAUGUCGGUGGCGUGGAGGUGUUUUGUUUUUUUGAGGUCGACAUGAGGCAGAGUAAUGUGCACUGCAAAUUAUGUCGAGUACAAGUUCUAGCAAAGUCGGGGAAUACCUCAAAUCUUUCUCACCACCUGAAGCAGCGCCACGCAGCAGAACACGCACAAUGCAAAAGGUUCCAAAGUCUGAGUGGAGCAAGGAGCCCACGAUGCAUGUGCAGGCCAAACAGCCAACCAUUCCGCUUUCUCUAGCGUCAAAGAGACACAGAGACCUCACAGAUGCAGUUAGCUUAUUGUAUUGCAAAAGACACGCUACCAGUAAGCACUGUUAAAUUCUAUUUUUUUAUAUCGUGAUAUAUAUUGAUAUCAACUGAUAUAAAAAAUAUAUAUAUCAAGAUAAACUUUUUCCAGCCCUAGAUUAGAGAAACUUAUUACCUCCGCCAAGGAGAUUAUGUUUUUGGUAGCGUUGGUUUGUUUGUUUGUUUGUUUGUUAGCUUGUUUGUCUGUUAGCAACUUUACGGAGAAAGUUACAGACGGAUUGACCUGAAAUUUUCACCAGAGGUGCGUCUCAGCCCCAGGAGGAUCCCAUUACAUUUUGGUGGUGAUCCAGAUUGCCUUCUGGAUCCAGGAAUUUUUUGAAGGAUUCUUUAUCAUUGUGAGAUAGGGAAAUUUUGGAAUUUUUGCUUUUAACUCUAUUAAAAUGGCCAGAGUCUUUAGUAAAAAAUUACACAAAAUGAUCUCAAUGAGUUUUAUGAGGUGUCAAAGGUUGAUCCUGAUCCAGACAAAAUUCCGGAUACUGUGAUCCAGAACACACAAAAAUAAGGGUGUCGUUGGAAUUUUCAAUGCUGAAAGAUAACCAAUGAAGAUACAAGGAAGUGUACGCUUACAAAUAUUGCAUAAUAAAUCAUGCAUUUAUGUAUCUAAUAUGAGCUUUGUUGUUUUAGGAACAUUAUGAACAGUGAACAUACCAGUUUAAACACAAAUAAAAGUUAAUAAAAAACACGUAACAGUAAAAGUUUUGGUGUGAAUCACAAUAUAAGGGGGGACAUGAGCUGCUUGGCGGAGGUCUGCGCUCUCAGAGUGCUUUUGUAGUUUAUAAUACUAAGAUAAACGUUGUGGUAAAUAUCCUAUCUUGGACUUCUUCUGAAUAUUUUACAGUGAGAUUACGAUCAUUUCAAAAUCUUCUAUCCUUCAUGAACCCAAAGACUUUGAGCAUUAUUAUACAAUUGGGCCCUUUCAUUCACCUGGGGUAACAGAGGGCUGUUUCUGGAAAGAGUUCAGCUCUCACGGUUUUCUGCCAAAGCAAAUGAUCUCUUUUGUCCUGCUGAGUUAAGAAAACAAAGAACCAUGUUCGCUAUGUUUUCACAGUCAACCAAGCCCUUCCAUUGUAGUGUGUGUGCUUAAGUGUGUGUUUCUUGCCGCAGGUUUUAAUGUAUGUGUUUAUUUGGGCAUGAUUUCAGAGGAGCACCAGCAGCUGCAACAGCUCCACAUCUAUACGAGCGAGGAGCACAAGGGUGUGGUGCUGAAGCUUCAGGGUCAGCUUAGGAACUCCCAUAAAGAGCUGGACCAGGUCAGAAGCACCCUGAGGACCCUGGAAGGAGCUGAUGAACAUGGUCAGAUCUAUGCCUUUUUUUAAUUAAAAGAUCUCAUGAACCAAGAAAUAUGUUGGAAAAUUCUUUUGAUUUACAUUCAACCUGUGCAAAAUGAUCCUCCUCUGCUACAUUCCAGUCUUUGAGAUGUAAUCUGUGUACACAUUUGUCAAUUAUAUGAAGAAGCCUCUCCAAAAUCAAAGCUCUGUGGUUUAUCUUCUUGUGCAUGUUCUCUCUAAACUGAUAACCUUCCUGCCCUCUCUCUCUCUCUCUCUUUCUCUUUGGCUCUUGGGUUCGUUUUUGUGCUGCAGGUCUCCAGGUAGCCAUGGAGAUGCAGAAGAAAGUCACCGCCAGGAGGGAGCAGAUCGACUCUCUGCAGAGCAAAAUCCAACAUUUAGAAGAAACGAUUGAGAAGCUGCAUCAGGUACAAAAAGGAUCUUUGUGUAGAGCUGUCAUGUCUUGCAAACGAAUGUAACUUUUCACAAAUAACCUAAAACAUUCCUGAAAACAAGAUAAACUCAUAACCAUUUUUAUGUCCGCAUACCAUCCUCUCCCCGGUUUCAUUCAAGGGGAAGCGCCAACAGAGCCUGGAGCACCAGCACCAGCUCCAAGAACUUAGCUUCAUCAGGGAGGAGAAGAGACAACUCCGCAGAGAGGUGGAGGCUCUUCGCUCCAAAGACAAGCAAUUGAGGGAGCGGAUUGACAAGGUGGAGGCAAUCCUCCACAAGGUGAGUUCCAUUUACACUGUUCAUGAAACUGUUGCGAAAUGGUAUCUGCUGUUUAGAGAAAUGGGCUUUUAUCUUCAGUAUUAAUGGGAGUUUGUUGUGAUAGUGACCCCCCUCUCUGUAAGAAAACAAAAGAGUCAUAUCCAUCAUGUUCUCUUUGCGUUUUUUCUUCGUUUCAUGUUUCGUAUCCCCUGAAAGAUGUCUGAGAGCUUUGCAGACUGUCAAGACUUCAUCCAGCUGAAGGAGCAGGAAUUUUUCCGCCUGAAACUCCAACACGCCCUGGACCUGAAGGUAAAACUGGAGGAUAUAAAGAGUGUAUUUGAUAGUAGGGAAAAAGGUUUAUCACUUUAUAUUGCAUGUUUGAUAGUAAUGUGAAUGUCUUUAUCUAAUCCAACUUCCUCUGUGGUUUUUAACUUCAAAAGAGAACUGAGUACAAAUGAUGAGCUAUAAUCAGUUUUUGUCUCAUCCUCAGGAGCUUCAAGGUCAAAAUUUGACAGCUCCAUAUGCACCUCCACCUGACCUGGACUCCCCGUCCCCAUCUGCACUCACUGCCCCACCCUCUUCCCAGCACGCUUUCAACACUCACAUAACGGUAAAGUCAGCAUUUCUCAGUAAAACCCAUGUCUAUCUCCUACAGCCCAGGCCAAUAAACCACAUGUGUGAAUCAUUGUUUAUUUGGCCGAGCUCAGCACAGCUGCACAGCCUUUAAAUCCAAAACAUGCUCAUCGUUACAUUCCUGUGGCAAAGAGAGAGAAACCUGACUGUUGAUCAUCUCAUCACAGUAGCAACAGACUGUUUUGUUUGCCUUCACAUUAAAAAAAGUCUUGUUGCUCGUUCUAACAAAUGAUUUUGUCUGCAUUGCUAUUCCAGGUAUACUGUAUGUAAUUCUGACAUUACCGCAGCAUGCAUUGACACCUCCCUGUCUCUCCUCCCUGAAACAGCAGAAAGAGAGCCCUGCCAAGGAGUUCAGGUCUCUCGUCAAAGAGCUUCAAGGAGUGCUUUCGGAGAACCACAGACCACACACAGAACACGCCUCCGGCCGCAGCAGCUUCCUCAGAAGGAGGUCGGCACCAGCGAGAGAGCACUCAACCUCAUCGUACGUUCCCACACAUCAUGGGGAUUAGCUUGGUGCUCAGACUAGCUUAGGUCACACCUGAAAAUCAUGUGAUGCUACUAAGUGAGAAGGAAAAUGGGGGGGGGGGGGGGGGGUGAGAAUAAUGUUUCACUGCUUUUAGUGGGAAAUUCUGUAAAACAAACAGACAACCCUGCAGCUUUCAAAAUAUGUCUGAUGGAUUUAAAUGAUCCUGAAUAAUUGUUAAACCGUACGUUUAUUUUAACAUCCCCACACAGAAGUGACAAGGACAAAGAGGUGAAAGCUGCCUCAAGAUUCAGAAGAAAAACCUGCGGCAGGUAGGAAGUGAAUCCCCGCCCUUUCUAUGUUGAUGUGUUUUGUUUGCAUCCUUUAAACAUGACAUGCAUUUCUUGCGCCUGUGGGAUAAUCACUGCAUUGUCCCACGUGACCCUUUUUACCCCUCAUGCAACAUUCAAGGCGCCACAGACUAUGUGCUUCAGACUCAUGUGUCGUGUAAUGCUUGUCUUGUGCUUGUGCAAACACUUUCUGCACACAGCGAGCCACAUAUCCGGAGGAUGGCUGAGCUGAAUGGAAAAAUGAUCCACAACAAACCCCACACUGACAGUGAGUGUUUUACAACAAUAAAUUUACCUUUUACCCAAUUAUGUACGAGUUCCCUAAUCCUCAUUUUAGGAAGGAAGAGUUCAUCUGAUAUAAAUCAUCAGCGCUUUAACAGUUAUUUGAUUGAACAACAGAAAUGACCCUUUAUUUAGUUAGGUUUCUUUAAUAACAAUUGUUUAUUUUGACAAAUACACAAAGUUGAAAGUUGCCAGAAUCAGUCUACAGAUUUUUUUCAGCUGUCAGUCCCCAGGCAAGGUGUUAAAAAAAGCUCAUUUAAAUACCACAAAGAAAGAAACAUCCAGCCUCUCAAAUCAGAUGACUUACUUUUCAUCUUUGUGUUCUUUAAUUAAAAGUUAUAUUUUGCGAUCUUAGCUGUUGGGAAGGCAAUUUGAAGAAAUUAUCGUAAACAUGUGAAGCUCAACAUGCAGAUCACUCAAUUCAGCAAAUUCUCAAAGGAAAUUGUUAAAGUGCUAGUAGCCUGUGUACAGUAAGAAAAUGAACCAUAACUCAAGAAAAUUGGAGUUGAAACCUAAACCACUGAGGGAAUUUGAGUUUUUAGCUGCAGAAUUAAAUAAAAUCAGCAACAUCAACUCCUGAAUCUUUGCCAAUCUCUAUAUUUGUGUAUCUGACAUUUACAUUAUGACUCCAUGCUAUGCUAUUUCGAUUCCAGCAGCUGCAGGCAGGUUCAGUUCCUCCCUACAGUUCCUCUCACUGGGCCGCAGGUCACCCGUCCACACUCUCCUGACCUCUGACCCGAACAGCCACCAGUGACCGACAGAGAACAAUACAACAGACCUGAGGCUGGCUCCUCUUAUCAGUAAGCUGUUCACACAUACAGCACAUACAGCUCAUACUGUCACAGAGAGAGACGUCUAACACUUUUGUUUGAGAAUACAUUCAGCUGAAAUAUCCUACAUGAAGAGGGAUCUCAGUUACAGUCUGAUAUUUACACAGACUGGGUCUUUGUGGGUUUUUCUUCAAGAUGUCAUCUUUAUAUUACAACUUCAUGCUGUUUGUUAACGGAGAGACAAAUCUGAAUGAUAUUCACACAAAGGUCAAAUACUGGUAGUUUCAAUUGGUUGACUUUAAUAAUUCACUAGUUUUAGCACUUCCCCAAACCUGCUGAAGUUGGAGAUGUUAACAGGAUACAUUUAUGCUGCUUUUUUGCCACUAAGUUAAAAAAAUGUUACUAACUGAUCUGUUUUGUUUUUUUCAGGAACCUCUGUUUUUAUCUAUUGGACUCCUCAAAUGAAGUUUGUAGAGACUUGUUUUGUAUAAAUCAAAGAUCAUGUGUAGUUUUGUAAUUUAUUCAAAAUAAAAUUUAAAAAAAGGUAUAUGACUCUUUAUUUAUUGGAAAUAAUCCAGCUCACAAAGCAGUUGCUCAAUACAGAGAUGACGUUAACAUUACUGAAACAUCCUUAUCUGUGUCAGCUGUUUAAGUCACG